AUGCAAGCACACGAGCAAGAGGCGGGCCCCGCCUACCCCCAAGCGGCAAAGGAUGAGGCGUCAGCGGCCCAGCCAAAUCAAGUCGAUGACUCGCAAAGCAUUACGGAAGACCUCACGUCCCCAGGAGAGACCAUUCCUGAUGAGAAGUCGGAUGUUGCGCUUGACCCCAACGCUCCAGACCAAUCCAGGAAAUUCUCGAAACAUGAUCCCGUGCACAUGAUGGUUAUUGCCCAAGGCGUAAGGAUGAAGAAGAACUUCACCGUGUACAAGAGCCAGGUCAACUGGUCCCGGUCUUAUUGGGAGUACCAACUGAAGGACUCAUCAGGCGCUCUGUACAACAGCGGAGCUUGGGUGCGUGAGAGGGAUCUAAAGGCAGAGAGCAGGCAGAGGUGA